GGCCGGGGGGCCGGGGACGACCCACACCGUGGAUGACUCCACACCUCGUUCCAAGACCGAACUGGAGGAAUUUGGUGUUCUUCUCAAGAAGAGCUUGAGCAAGGAGCGAGUCACGUGGGACCAGAGGCUUUCGACGCACCUUAUGGCCCUCUGCAACGUAGGUACCCUAAACUCAGGCGCCGGGCGUACGACUCCCGUCGUGCAGUCGUACGACAGCAAGGGCGCUAAAUCGCCUCGUGUUUGCUCUGGUGGCGUUUGCUCUAAGCCAACGGGCAAUGGUAGGUACAGCGCCACGCGCACGUCCGGUGUCUGUUGGUGUAACGUAUGCUCCGAUUCUAAAGGAAAGGCGAGAGCACUGCACCUUUGCAAAAAGUGCAACAAUACACCCACGGCGCACAUUGCGGCAGCCGCGGCCGCCGACAAAGAGAAAAACUUCAAACCAGUUGGCUGGAAGGUGGUUCCGCUCUUGUAACUUUUGGGGGUAAUGAUGUAGUCAGCGCCCCUUCGACGCGGUUCUUUGGGUUGGCCGCCAGGUGGCCCUUUUUUUUUUUUGACGAGGGGCAAGAGGCCCGGGGGCUUGCAAUAAGUGG